UUGCCUUGGAGCGCCUAGCAAGUUGCACUCCUGGCUCUCCUUGCACUCCCCUUUUCUUUCUUUCUUUUCUGUCCGGGCUCGGUGGUGUGAAAUCGCAGCGAGAUUUUGAGCGAAAUCGGGGAGCUAGGCUUGAGUGAGACAUAUUCAUUGCCUUCGCCCCAGAGUUCCAGUCCAGUCUCCCUCCGGAGGAGCGCCGGAGCACCAGGGCGCCCGGGGAAGGAGCGUCCGGGAUGGGGAAAGGACUUGGUCGCGGCGGCGGCGGUGGUGGCAUGGCGCGGUUCCCCAGGGCAGACCUAGCCGCAGCAGGAGUUGUGUUACUUUGCCACUUUUUCAUGCACCGGUUGCAGUUCGCUCAAGCGGAGCCUGGGAACCCCAUCGUCGAUGAUCAGCAAUACCACUCUGCUUAUGUGUUCCCAUGGAUGGAAGAGGAAGUAGAAGUGGACACACACACCUUCAGCCACAGGUGGAAAAGGAAUUCAGACCCUCUCAAGGCUGUGGAUACAAAUCGAGCAAGCUUGGGCCAAGACUCCCCAGAGCCGAGAAGUUUAACAGAUCUGAUGCUGGACGAUGGCCAGGAUAACACCACCCAGAUUGAGGAGGACACGGAUCACAAUUACUAUAUAUCUCGGAUAUAUGGUCCAUCUGACUCUGCCAGUCGAGAUCUAUGGGUCAACAUAGACCAAAUGGAAAAGGACAAAGUGAAGAUUCAUGGGAUAUUGUCCAAUACUCAUCGGCAAGCUGCAAGAGUGAAUCUGUCCUUCGAUUUUCCAUUUUAUGGCCAUUUCCUACGUGAAAUCACUGUGGCAACUGGGGGUUUUAUAUACACUGGAGAAGUUGUACAUCGAAUGCUCACAGCAACACAAUACAUAGCACCUUUAAUGGCAAACUUUGAUCCCAGUGUGUCCAGAAAUUCAACAGUCAGAUAUUUUGAUAAUGGCACAGCACUUGUUGUCCAGUGGGACCAUGUCCAUCUUCAGGAUAAUUAUAACCUAGGAAGCUUCACAUUCCAAGCAACCCUUCUCAUAGAUGGACGUAUCAUCUUUGGAUACAAAGAAAUUCCUGUCUUGGUCACACAGAUAAGUUCAACAAAUCACCCAGUGAAGGUGGGGCUGUCUGAUGCUUUUGUCGUUGUCCACAGGAUCCAGCAAAUUCCCAAUGUUCGAAGAAGAACUAUUUAUGAAUAUCAUCGAGUAGAGCUACAAAUGUCAAAAAUAACCAACAUUUCAGCAGUGGAAAUGACCCCAUUACCUACUUGCCUCCAGUUUAAUGGCUGUGGCCCAUGUGUAGCCUCUCAAAUCGGCUUCAACUGCAGUUGGUGUAGUAAACUUCAAAGAUGUUCCAGUGGAUUUGAUCGUCAUCGGCAGGACUGGGUGGACAGUGGAUGCCCCGAAGAGUCAAAAGAAAAGAUGUGUGAGAACACAGAGCCCCUGGAAAGUUCUCAAGCCUCCACCCCAGUGCAAGUAACAACUACGCAGUUCCGGGUCUUGACAACAACCAGGAGAGAUGCCACAUCCCAACUGCCCACCAGCCUGCCCACAGAAGAUGAUACCAAGAUAGCACUACAUCUAAAAGAUAAUGGAGCCUCUACAGAUGACAGUGCAGCUGAAAAGAAAGGGGGAGCCCUACAUGCGGGCCUCAUCGUUGGAAUUCUCAUCUUGGUCCUCAUCAUAGUGGCAGCCAUACUUGUGACAGUAUAUAUGUAUCACCAUCCAACCUCUGCAGCCAGCAUCUUCUUCAUUGAGAGGCGACCAAGCAGAUGGCCAGCGAUGAAGUUUCGAAGAGGUUCUGGCCACCCUGCCUAUGCUGAAGUUGAACCAGUUGGAGAGAAAGAAGGUUUUAUUGUUUCAGAGCAGUGCUAAAACUUCAAGGACAGAACAGCACCAGUGCUGGCUUACAGGUGUUCGGACUAAAAAUUUGCCUACACGUAAACACAAACACAUACAUAUGCACACUUGUGCAUGUGCAUACACACAGACGCACACACGAGCCCUAAGCUGCUGUAGCCUGAAGGACACAAGAUUUCUGGACAAGCGUAGCCCACCCAGGAAGGGUGAAAAGAACUAAAAUUUCAACAAGAUACUAUACCAUGGAACACAGAAUUCCCUUGUAGAAUGACACCUAUGACUCACCUAGAACAUUCUCUUGGGGAUUUACAGAAGAAUGACAAGAUCAUAACACUAUUGGCUUAUAUGCAGGGUUGCAGAGGGAUGGAAUAGGGAAAAAGAGCAGCAACAGUACAGCUUUAUUUCACGAGGGAUCUACACCUUUUGGCUCAGACACUCUUCUCUGAUCUCUUAACAGUACCGAUGUUCCAAAGCCUGAACCCUUUCUCUCAGAAGAGCAAUGAUGAAUGUGUUGAGCUGGCUUAGAAAAAAAGAACUCAUACAGGAGCAAAAAGACAAAAUAAGAGAUUUUUCUGUCUUGUUACCUGACGCAUGGCCAAAGGAUUUCAUUUUUUUGGUCUAAAUACACCGGUUCCAUCCUAAUGAUCAAUUUUAACCUGUAUAGGAAGAGGAGGAAAAGAUACCUCCUUCUUUCACGUUCCUGGGGGCACUUUUAGGGGCUGUGUUGGGAGUUCCCAACUUUCAACUCCUCAUUAGGAAGAUAGGGAGGCGAAACUGGAUCUAUGCUCACUGCCUCUGGAUAAAAUACUGACUGGCCUCUGAAUAUCGCUUCCAUUCCUGCCCUACAAAGUCCAAUGAAGCUACAGUUGCUCUUGGCUGAGGAAACAACAAGAAUCCAUAUGAAGAGUUUCUUCAUUGUUUUUGAAGCAACA